UCAGCACAGUACCACGUCUACACAUGUGUAAACAAGGGAGGAUAGGAAUGUGUUCAGUUCGUCCCUGCUAAUCUUAUUGUGUAGAAACGAUUCGUUAAAACGAAAAGCCCCUUUUAUUCUCUGAGGAAAAAUGGCGUCAACAGAAGCGCAGGAUGACAGUGACGACGGUAUGGAUGCCUUCAUGGACAAAUUCAAGUCUCAAAGGUAUAAAAAUGCUUUAAGUGAGAACAACUGGGAAGAGGAGUUCAAUAAAAUCCCCAUGUUUAUGAAAACCGCCCCAGAAGAGAUCGACCCUAAAAAAUACCCUGAAUUAGCCUGUCUGCAGUCUAUUAUCCACGACGAGGACAGGACUCCGGAAGAGCAAGCAAAGAGCCUGAAAGAUGAAGGAAAUUCAUAUUUCAAAGAGAAGAAAUACAAACAUGCUGUGGUGGCCUAUACAGCAGCUCUGAAAAAGAAAUGUGGGGACCAGGAGUUCAACGCUGUGUUAUUGACCAACAGAGCAGCUUCACACUUCCAUCUGGGUAACAUGCGGUCUGCACUAAAUGAUGCUGCUGCUGCAAAGAAGCUCAAACCAGACCACCUUAAAGCUUUGAUAAGAGGUGCUCAGUGCUGCUUGGAGCUGCGUAACUUUCCAGAUGCCAUCCAGUGGUGUGAUGAGGGGCUAAAAUCCCAUCCUACUGACAACAAGCUGAGGGAGCUGAGGGCAACUGCAGAUAAGCAGAAAAGAGCGGCAGAGAGGGAUGCCAGGAAAGCCAAGGCCAAAGAAAAGAAACUGACUGGUGAGAAAGAGGCCCUUCUCAGUGCUAUAAAGGAUCGAGGAAUAAAGCUUUACCAGCCAAUGAGCUCGGCUCCUGAGGGUUCAGGCAGUGAAGGCGAGGAUGAAAGCCCCUCAGCUGGAAUAGCGCAGCUCAGCCUGGACAGCCUGAGCUCUCUGGAGGUCACAGGGGCUCAGGUCUCCCUGGAUGAGCAGGGCUCUUUGCACUGGCCUGUGCUUUUUCUUUACCCAGAACAUCAACAAAGUGACUUCAUCUCAGCCUUUUGUGAGAACAACAGUUUCAGAGAUCACCUGUCUGUCAUGUUUGGGGAGGAACUUCCACCUUGGGACACAGACAAAAAAUACCACCCGCAAAAUCUGCAGCUCUACUUUGAAGAUGAGGAGAAAGAGACUCUCUACCAAGUUGAUCCUGAUUCGUCACUUUUGAACAUUUUGCAGCAUAAAAGGUUUUUUGUGAAGGCAGGCACGCCCAGCUUUAUGGUUUUGGUGAAAGGCUCCUCGUUCUGGAAGCAGUUUUUGUCUGGAAAGAAGAUCCGUGGAUUGUAGACAAAUGUUGAAAAUUAAAUGGAUUUUUUUUUAAUAAAAAAAG